CUGAUGGAAACAACACUAACGAUGAAGAAGACAUGGAGGUUUGCGAAGUCGAAGAUGGAAAUAUAGAGUGCGCUGAGGGUGUUGAGUAUGAAAAACCCCACGAAGCAAAACUUGACUCUAAAGCUGAACAAUCAGAAUCAGGGGAGAAAGACUCUGAGGUGAUGGAAACCAAUGAAGCAGAGAAGCCUGGUGAACAGUCCGGUAAUCAGGACACAAAAUCAGACUCAAAGGCUGAGAAGUCUGAAAAUAAGAGGGCAAAGUCCAAGAAAGGCAUAGGUUUGAAAGGAGAAAAGCAGUGUGCUCUUGAUGAACAGAAAGCUUUGAUGGACAGAUUAUUCAGUGGCGAGGCAGACGCGGGGGUGGAGACGGUGGAGGUGGAAGUACGCGUGCCGGUUUAUGCAAGGCAGAAGACCAAAAAAGAUUUCAUGUUGGAUGACCAGAGGAAGUAUAUGGAACAGCUGUUUCGGGGAGAAGUAUCCCCUGACGAGCCAUUCGUUAUGUUGGCGGAAAAGAAGAGACAUGAGAUUCGGUACAGAGAUGCUUCACAAGUCAGGAAGUUACAGGAUCAGCCGAUGAAUUUGGAAGAACAAAUGCUGGCGCUGAAGAAGCAACAGGUGAUGCUGACUUUGGAUGAUGGUCAAGAGCCACCGUCCAUGCUGGACGUGAUAAAAUACCAAAAUGACCACUCAGACAUGGUCCAAACCAUGAAGCAAGGCUUCUAUGAGAAGAAUGCACCAGAAGAGAAAAAAGAAAAACGCGAAAAAUGGAACACGGACAAACAGGGUCACAUGCCCAUGGAUCAGCUGACCCGGAAGGUCAAGGCCAUGAUGCACAUCCUGCGUACGCAGCCCCAUCGCAGCUCAGUCAUAGACACCAUUAACUGUGCUUCCAAGAGCGAGGAGGUGAAGCUGGAUAUUUACAGAGUGUACCAAAGAAUAGAAUUUGGUGGGAAGAAGAGAUUUAAGUGCAUGAUGUACCUGGAUAAUUUGAAGGUUGCUGAAGCGUGGGGUAACCAGAAAAAGCAUGCCAGGCAUCAGGUCUAUAAAGUUGCAUUGGCUCACCUGAAAGAGGAAGAUGUUCAAAAACUCGUACAAAAGAACAAGCGCGGACUGCCGUCUGCAGCUGACAUGCAGAAAAACGGGAUGGAGCUUGAGUGUCCUGGUCAAGGACUGACCAGAGAGUCCAAUGCAGGCAGCAUUCCUAACCAUCCAAUCAACAAGGGCUGGAGCAUACGAAAACCCCUCGAGGACUUUGUCUUGUACAGGAAACAAGAGCUAAAUGUAGAUCUUGGCGAAGGACCCGCCGCCAUCUUGAAGCAGAGUGCCGACUUCAGCCAUUGUUUGUUGGAGUUUGAGUACGAAGUGGAGAAGGUGGCGCCACCUGUGGGACCUAGUUUGGUACCAAAAAAGCCGAAGCUAGAUGAGAUGCCCCCACCCCCCCAGCCCCCACCCCAGAUGUACAACACCCCUAUCUGGCACCAAUGGGUGCACGACAAAGCCGAGUGGGAGAAAAAAUGGCACGAGAUGUCUGCGGCUUAUAAGAAAUACGAGAAAGAGUUUCCAUGGCACGCAGAACAAGAGAAGUUGAAAGCAAGGGAAAGACAUCGCCAGAUGCAGGAGGCUGGCAUGACUGGUUGGCAAGACUUCAAGUGGAAGCGCGCUGCAGAUGGCGGGUCCUCUCAAUCCUCUUAUGCUCCCACUAGCAAGUGGGGGUAUCAACAAACACCACAACAGCCAGUCACGUCCACGGUACCGCCACCACCCGAGUUCGUCAACAUGUACAAGUGUACGUGUUAUAUAGAGGGAAGGAAAAUGGGCUAUGCUGAAAACCUGGUCAAGGCACAUGCCAAGCAGAAGGCUUGUUUUGAAGCCCUGGAGUAUCUGUACAAGAACAACUGGACUAUCAUGAUCAAGAGCACUAACCCUAACGACCUCUGUGUGCUGAGGAGGAGUGACGUCUUGAACUGGGUUCCCACAAUGCCUCAGUCUGUGCCAGCAAAUGGCGCCAGUAGUGGCUCCAGUGCGGCCAUGAACAUGAUGGCCAAGAUGGGCUGGACGGGAGGAGGGCUCGGGUCCUCCGAGAAUAAAGGUUUGCCCAGUGCAAUCGAAGUUGCUCCGUCAAACACCUUUUCAAAGAGAGGCGUGGGGAACACCAUCUACGACCGUGUCUCCAGUGAUUUGAUCAGCAAACUGGAGGAGCUGCUGGAGUUUUACGCACAGUGCAACACGAUCGACGAAAUCGUGUUUCCUGGCAUCGAGUUUUCCGCCGAGGAAAAGAAAGCCGUUAUCCAGAUCGGCCAGAAAUACGGCCUGAAAACGUGUGGCACGGAGUACAAUAAGAUGAAUUAUGUGCUGGUGGGGAGAAAAUUCACGGGGUCCGACCUGGUGAAGUUUCUGGAACUUCAUGGAAACUGUAGCAAUAAAUACAUGUUGGUGAAACCUGAUACCUUUCAAGUGGAGAUGAAUAUACCCUGAAAAUGAUUCUUGGAAGUUUUGAAAAAAAAAAACUUAUUUCUUGGAAAUUUUGAAAUACUGUUUAAUAUUACAGGAUAAAAGUGGGAUAUAGCAACAGGAAAUGGUUCUUUGGAAUUUUGAAGAAACUUGCUACUUUCACCGCGCAAAAAUUGUAAAUGGUUGACUCCUGAAACGUUGGAAAUGGCCACGAUUUUUGGAAAUUACGCAUCGAAUUACAUGUAACAACUUUAAUAUGUAAGGUGUGAAUUCGAAAAAAUAAUCACUGGAAAAAAUAACUUGCAAACAUUAUUUCAGACGUAAGGAAAAUUGGUAACAGUAGUUUUUAGAAAAAUGUUACACUCUCUUGAUAAUUCAUCGGCUUAUGUAUGAAGCAUUUAAAUGUUGAAUAAAAGUAGAAGAGAUGAUGCUUA